AAAAAAAAAAAAGAGCUGAGGAUAAGCUUCUUGCCUUCUGGACGACCCUUUUCUUCUCGGCUUGCCCAUCAGGUGGACAACAGUGGGAAAAUGGCGCAAACGCUAGCAAUGCCUGUGGCACCUUCUCUGUCUGUUAUCUGCGAUACUUGCGCUUCAAGUUCACUUUCAAAAAGCGUCUCUUUCCGACUGUCGAACCCUCCCAAGGUUCAAGGCCUAAGCAUCCAAUGUGUUCGUGUUGGAGGUGUGGAGAUUCCAAACAGCAAGCGAAUUGAGUUCUCACUCCAGUAUAUACAUGGGGUUGGACGCAGCAGGGCUCGGAAAAUCCUGUGCGACUUAAACAUGGACAAUAAAAUCACAAAGGACUUGUCUGAUGAGGAACUCAUCACUCUCAGAGAUGAAGUCUCCAAGUACAUGAUUGAAGGCGAUUUGAGGAGGUUCAAUGCACUUAAUAUAAGGAGAUUGAAGGAGAUCCAAUGCUACAGAGGGGUCAGACACAUUCAGGGGCUGCCCUGUAGAGGACAACGCACCAAGAACAAUUGCCGGACCUUGAAGGGGAAGAGGGUCGCCAUUGCUGGAAAGAAGAAGAAGUAAUUUGCGUCAAUUCCUUUUGAGUAACAUUGAUGAAUUGUUUUGUAUGUUUUUUGUAAGAAUCGAUCUGGAGUGCUAAGCCAACGGUAUAACUAAAAUAUGUCAUCAUGUAUUCCAUGAUUUUUUUUUAAAAAUGAAUAUCCCGUGAAUCUGUUAAAAUUUCCACUGUGCAGAAUUUAGAGCGAAAACAUUCUAGGACUUCUGACAACUGGACGUGUUUGUGUU